GGUUGAAUUAAAUCUCUCCUCCGAGGCCCCUCUAUAAAAACUCCAAAUCACGUUAACAAGUCAGAAAACCUGGAGCCUUACUCUCCGUGCCAUUUGCUGCUCGCUCUCUCGAUUUCCGUCCUUGCGUAGAUGACUCCACAGUUAGAAAUCAUAUGGACUGAUUAUGACAAUGAUGUAUACGAUUAUCUCAAGUUCCGGGGACUGGAUGAGGCUGCCGAGGAACUGAAAAAGCGGAUUAAUGAAACCCCUUUGCACAAAAAGUUAGAGAUGUUUGGUGCGCAGAGUCUAGAUGAAUUAAAACGUAUUCAGAUGCCUGCUCACAAAAGGUUGCGGGGAGAAUUAGACUUGCUGCUGGGUGUUCGGCCUGCCCCUAUUUCUGAUCGGGUAGCUAGCCCUCAAAUUGAGUCUACUCCAAUCACCGACCCAUCAUCUCAAGCUGCUCCAAUUAUGGAAUCUGUCGAACCGAGCUUAGUGUUAAUAUAGUACUAUAUUUAUAGAUAAGUCUUUAGAGUCUGGACUAAAUUUGGAGCCUAUUUAUGAACUUUUUCCCAUAUAAAACGGGAAUCUUUAUUUUUUAAUAUCUAAAAGUUACUAAUUAUAAUUGUCCCUUC